AUGGACAUCGCCUUUGUCUUUACGCUCAUCCUCGCGAGCUUCAUCAUGGUAUUGCUCAUGGCGGCCGGGGUGGCCAUCACCAUGCCGUUCCAUGGAGCUCUGGUCCGUUUACGGGCCAACUACAAUCCAAGAGCAGUAGGGCUGGAAGGUGUGGAGAACAGAGUCGGACCGACCCUGUCAACCCUCCUCGGCACGCUCAAGCGGACGAAGCAGCUCGAAGGCUGGUACGGUCUGUACAAAGGAGCAUAUCCUAUGGUCGCCUUUACUACGCUCAUUUCGGUCUGCUCCAUCAUCUUUGUCGGCGGGAGCUCGACAAGGGGACCAAGAGGGACAUACAGCGUGCCAGAAGCAGGAGGAUUCCAAAUGGGCAUCUUCACCAUCCUGCUUACUCUGAUCAGCCUGCCCAUGACCGUCAUCGUCAAUCGCUCGAUCAUUACUCCCUACCGCCUCCCCAACAACCCUCGCCAAUCCCUCAAAAUCCUUCUAUCUAUCCGCGAGCUCUCCAUGCCUUGGACGCUGUACCUCACCCCCGGUCUCCUUCUCGUGACCUUCCUCCACUCCCUCUCCGUCACCCUCGUCGCCCGCACCAUGCGCCUCCUCCUCCUCGGCACUCCCGACGCAGGCGAUGUAUGGAACAACACGGCCUACUGGCGCUGGGCCCUAUUCACGAUCUGGCAAGCUGGCGCCGCGGGCUGGUUGACGCCUCUCGAGGUUGUCGCGACCCGUCUCUCGGUCCAGCCAAACACCGGAAACGGGUAUACCGGAGUCGGAGGGGAAGAGGCGGCAAGUGAGGAAUAUGUGCCGGAAGGUGUGGAGUUUUGCGGGAGUGGAGAGGACGUGAUUGGCCUGAGACCGACGAGCGAGCCGUAUGAGGGUAUGGUGGAUUGCGGGCGGAAGAUUAUCCAGGAGGAGGGUGGGGGGAGUCUGUAUAGGGGAUGGUGGUGGACGAUGCUGGGGAAUGUGGUGGCUGUGGCGAGCUAG